AUGGGUGACCUGUCCUCAGGUGUUCUGGGUACGCGUUCCCUUUCUCCUCAACUCUGGUCUCUGCGUGGUGUGACUGUGCCCGCCGCGCGCGGCGUUGUGGGGCUUCACCUCGCGGUGGCGGACGCGGAGGUUUCCGCGGCUGCUGCGGGAGCGACAGGAAGUGAAGCGGCCCGGCCGGGCAACCGCGGCGGCAGAAACAGAGGCGGAAGGGGAGCUGCGGCAACGACGUCGGCGACUGGGGUGGACGAGGGGGUCGAGCACCGAGAGGACUCGUCCGCUCGGACGCCGGAUCCCGAGCCGGGCAGGAUGGAUCAUCACCAGCCAGGAACUGGCCGCUACCAGGUGCUCCACAAUGAAGAGGAUAAUUCAGAGUCAUCUGCUGUAGAGCAACCAUCAACUUCAAACGCAGUGCCACAGAGCGUUCAGACUGCUCCUUCAGCAUCAGUACUUGAAACGGACUCUUCUCCUCCACCUUACAGUAGUAUUACUGUGGAAGUACCUACAACUUCAGAUACAGAAGUUUACAGUGAGUUUUAUCCCGUGCCACCUCCCUACAGUGUCGCUACCUCCCUUCCUACAUACGAUGAAGCUGAGAAGGCCAAAGCCGCUGCCAUGGCGGCCGCAGCAGCAGAGACAGCCCAGAGAAUUCAGGAGGAAGAGUGUCAACCAAGAGAUGACUUUAGUGAUGCAGACCAGCUCAGAGUGGGUAACGAUGGGAUUUUCAUGCUGGCAUUUUUCAUGGCAUUUAUUUUCAACUGGCUUGGAUUUUGUUUAUCCUUCUGUAUCACCAAUACCAUAGCUGGAAGGUAUGGUGCCAUCUGUGGAUUUGGACUUUCGUUGAUCAAAUGGAUUCUUAUUGUUAGGUUUUCUGAUUAUUUUACUGGAUAUUUCAAUGGACAGUAUUGGCUUUGGUGGAUAUUUCUUGUACUUGGCCUGCUGCUUUUCUUCAGAGGAUUUGUUAAUUAUCUAAAAGUCAGAAACAUGUCUGAAAGUAUGGCAGCUGCUCAUAGAACAAGAUAUUUCUUCUUAUUAUAGAGACUGCAUCGACCAGACAUUCUUUUCUUAAACCAAUGUGAAAUUUCCAGAUCAUCUGUAAACCUACAACUUUAAUAGGAUAGAAGACUACUAAAAGCAGAAGACAAAUUAGUGAAGAAAAGAUAGAUCUUCAAAAUUGAAUGGCAGGAUGGUUUAUGCUUAAAAGCCAUUUCUGUUCAUUCUCUUAAAUACUUAAAUUUCAUUUGUUUUGCACAUUUGCAUAUGUGCCCAUGUAAAAGAUUUGCAUAUACUUGAAAGAAACUAUAAAGUUGUAGCAGUAAAGUCCAGUCAUAUUUGGUUAAUCAGUGUUUGAUAUAAUUGAAAGGGGUGAGUGAGAAACAGUCUUCCAGCAUGUAAAUGCCAUUGACUUCUGACCUGACAUUUAGUAUAAUAAAAAUGAAGUUAUUAACCAUG